CCUAACUUUUGUCUGCCUCUUUUCUCUGUGGAAGAAGUCUCCAAGAAAAGAAAUCCCCGGGACAGAAGGCGCGCCGGAUUACCUGGCUGCACGCGCGCGUUUAUUUACGGAUUAAUGUGGUCGCAAAGUUACGGAUUUAUCAUUUGUUGAAGCUGGUGGCUGAGGUGAGGCGCUUUCGGUUGGAGUGAAACCAUGUGGCUUCAGUGGUCCUGUCUGACGUUGUUGGCGCUCAGCUUGGGCUCCUGUGACCUGCAGACUUCGGAGCAAGGCGAUCGAUGCCCAGCCUUGGAAGUGGAUGAGUGGAAGUUUCCUCAGGAGGCCAGGCGCAACAUCACAGGCUUUAAUCUGGUGAGGCGAUUCUCCCUCCUCAAGAGCAAAGACGUCAAGAGGAUCCGCAACCCGCGAGGGCCGGCCAUCCUCCGCCUGGGCAAAGCCGCACUCCUACGGCCCACUGAGCAGGUGUUUCCUCAUGGCCUUCCUGAGGAGUUCACCCUGGUCUUCACUCUGGUGUUAAAGAAGGCUGCACUCAGAGACACCGUGUACCUCUUCCAGAUAUCUGAUCAGCAGGGAUACCCCCAGCUCUCCGUAGACUUCAACGGCCCCGACGGCACCCUCUCGCUCCGCGCGGGGGCCGCGGAGCCCGCGGAGGACCCGGCGAGCUGCGUAUUCGCCGGGGAGGGGGUGGAGGCCCUGAUGGACCUGAGCUGGCACAAGGUGGCGCUCAGCGUGCGGCGCGGCGCCGCCUCGCUCCACGUGGAUUGCAACUCCAUCGAGACCAGACCGCUGGGGCCCCGGAAAGUCCUGCCCACCGACGGACACACUCUGCUGGGCAUUCGGGCUUCAGACGCUGGGCCCGUGCAGAUGGACAUUCAGCAGGUGAUGCUGUAUUGUGACCCCUCCCUCGCCGCUCAGGAAGCUUGCUGUGAGAUACCUGGAGCUCGGUGCCCACCAGAUGCCACCAAGAGCCGCCGUGCUGCAGAGAAUGACCUGUGGGAAAACUUGUUUAACCAGGAGGGUUUUGCAUCGGAGGAUCUGUCUGAGAAAGUAGUUGCUGGCCCUAAAGGUGAAAAGGGUGACAGGGGUGAUGGCUGUUCUGGCUCCCAUUCAGGUCCAUGCACAGCGGGACCCAAGGGCCAGAAGGGGGAGAGAGGCGAGCUGGCGCCGCCUGCCAACUGGGGCGAAGCAGCAGGCUACAAGGGAGAAAAGGGUCGGAAGGGAGAGACCGGUGCUCAGGGUCUCACAGGCACUCCAGGGAGGGAUGGUCGCGGAGGGUCGAUCUGUGUCGUCGGCCCCAAGGGACAGAAGGGUACCCCAGGUUUGGUGGGUCCCGAGGGCUUGGCCGGGGAGCCAGGGAAGCCUGGGUUUCCAGGCACACCGGGAGUUGGAAGGCCAGGCCCACCAGGCCCUCCCGGUGAAGCGGUUGGUGUAAAAGGAGACAAGGGAGAUGCAGGGCCUCAGGGAGGAGACGGAUCGCCGGGAGAUCCGGGACCAAGAGGACCAACAGGGUUUAAAGGAAACAAGGGUGACCCAUGCGAGGUGUGCCCCGUGCUGCCUGCAGGCAUGGGCGACGCGGUGGCACUGCAAGGGAAGCCGGGCCCCAAAGGAGAGGCCGGAUUACCAGGGGUAGGCGAGAGAGGGCCGCCUGGGCCUCUGGGCACAGAUGGCAAAGCAGGACAGAAGGGCGAACCAGGAGUAGGAGGUUUCAAAGGAGAAAAGGGAGAGCCAUGUUCCGCGUGCCCAACUAUCGGGGAGUUACCUGGGAAUCUGGUCCCCGGUGGUCAGACCCUGCAGCAGAAGGGAGAGAGGGGAGAGCCGGGGAUUGGACAAAAGGGACAACGAGGAGAGCCUGGAAAUGUAGGAUCACCUGGGCUCAGAGGAGAAAAGGGUAACGCAGGAAGCAAAGGAGCAGAUGGAAAGCCGGGAAAGAGUGGAGCCAAGGGGCCCAGUGGCAAGGAUGGACAGAGAGGCUUGCAGGGAGCGCAGGGGCCGCCGGGACUUAGUCUUCCUGGCGCCAAGGGUGAGAAGGGUGAGUGCGGGCAGUGCCAGCCGUCGGAGGCGGGGAGCGGACCCGCCGGCAUGAAAUUACUCGAUGGAGGAAGAGGCCAGCCGGGCGAACCGGGCCUUCCAGGUCCGCCCGGACCCCCGGGACUCGGAGCGGAUGGCAAACAGGGCCCAGCAGGUCUUGCUGGUGCGAAAGGAGAAAAGGGGGAAGAAGGCGAUAAAGGGGAAAACGGACUCAACGGGGCUCCUGGAGUCCCGGGACUGCCUGGAGAGCCUGGUCCGGACGGACUUAUGGGCUUGAAGGGAGCAAAGGGCGACAGUUGUACCAGCUGUGCGUCUUCGGGAACUGCAGUGGGGGAUGGUGUCGCUGUGCAAGGCCCCAAAGGGGAGCGAGGAGACACCGGUCCCACGGGAGAAGGGAAGCCUGGAAGAAAUGGAAAACCAGGCUUACCAGGUGUGCCGGGUCCUUCGGGUCCCAAAGGAAUCAAGGGAGAAGCCGGAGUUGCAGCAAUUGGCCUUCCAGGACAACAAGGUGAAGAGGGACCAAGAGGACUCCCAGGACUUGGAGGACCUCCUGGAGCCAGAGGAUUGACUGGACCUGUUGGCCCUGCAGGAGAAAAGGGCUCCGUAGGAGAAGCUGGGCCUCCGGGACCACGCGGUCCUGAGGGCAUUGGAGUACCAGGCCCCCCGGGCAGAGAUGCAAACCCUGGUUCUAAAGGGUCGCCGGGGGCUGACGGCAAACCUGGACUUGAUGGCGCUAAGGGGGACAAGGGUGAACCAGGAGAGUGCAACUGCAUAACAUCUGUACAUUCAGGCACAGGCGGACCUGGAGCUCCAGGAACUCCAAUAAACACGUGGCAGCCCGGCCCUCAGGGCCCACCAGGACCUCCCGGCCCUCCUGGUCUGCCGGGGCCUCAAGGUGUGACUGGAAUGGACGGACAACCGGGUAUCCCUGGCAACGACGGGAUACAGGGGAAACCCGGUUUACCUGGAAACAUCGACCAGCUGCCUCAAGACUCUGCUGGAGCGGAUGAUGAUGAAACCUGUAUUGGAGGAGACUGCUCCCAAGGAUCUCCAGGGGUGCAAGGCACAGGUGGAGCCAAGGGAGAGAAAGGAGACCAGGGCAAGCCUGGUGUGACCCCCUUGGACGGCUGUGACAAGUGUUUGGAGAGACUGCACAAAGAGCAGGCGACACAACCUGCGUAUGAGCGAUCAGGAAUGCCAGGAAUUCCAGGGACGCCUGGAUCAGCGGGAACAAAAGGAGAGCCGGGGAUACCGGGAGAAAGAGGCAAAGCUGGAAUACCAGGAAUCAUGGGACCCCCCGGUUUCCCAGGACCUCCGGGCCCAUCGGGUUCAUCUGGUCAGAGCGGUGAGGCGGGGUCACCCGGCCUCCCAGGAACUAAGGGCGAGCAGGGCCUUCCGGGGACUUCAGGCUAUCCAGGAUCCAUGGGGCCGCCCGGGCUCCACGGACUGAAAGGCGAGCGCGGGAGCCCCGGAGCCAGUGGUCAGAAAGGAGAAUCGGGCGCUCCUGGUAACCCUGGAUACCAAGGACCGGCCGGCUCCCCGGGCAUUAAAGGAGACGCGGGACCGGCUGGGCUUGUUGGUGCCAAAGGCGAUCAGGGUUUCCAAGGACAACCAGGUUUCCCAGGACCACCAGGUCCUCCAGGUAUUGCAGGGAAAACUGGAAGGGAAGGUGCCACUGGGCUCAAAGGUGAAAAAGGCAAUGAUGGCACUCAAGGAUCUCAGGGUCCGACUGGCCCCCCGGGCUCUCCAGGCUCCCCUGGACUGAUGGGCCCCCCUGGCAUUGAGGGAUUGGAUGGAAAAGAUGGGAAACCAGGGCUGCGGGGAGAAGCAGGCCCUGCAGGCCCGGCAGGACCACGAGGGAUUCCAGGAUUCAAAGGGAAAAGUGGCCACUCCGGCUUCCCUGGACAGAAGGGUGAAGCUGGACCUUCAGGUCCACCUGGACCACCGGGCAGGGCGGGUCACGAGGGUGACCCCGGCACCCCGGGAGCUCCUGGGCGACCUGGACCCUCCGGCCACGUCGGUUCUGCAGGUCCAGCUGGACCACCAGGACCUCCUGGGCCAUCAGGAGUGGGUAUAACAGGAGACAAGGGCCAAGCGGGUGAGAGAGGUCUUCCAGGGAUGGGAGGAGCCCCAGGACCGCCCGGGCACCCCGGGUCCAUGGGAGAGCCAGGCAAUGAUGGUGAGGCCGGUAAAGACGGAUCGGUUGGCCAACCGGGUGAAAACGGGCAGCCAGGUCAAAAGGGUGAACCCGGAGAAGCGGGCCAGCGAGGUCCCGCCGGUGAAAGAGGCAGACCGGGGCCCCCCGGGGGUGGCGGUUACCACUCCAAGGACGCACAGCCCAUGAUUGGCCCAGUCGGACCCAGAGGAGAGAGAGGGAGCCCGGGUUCGGAGGGUUCUCCGGGAGCCCCCGGACCUGCAGGGGUGCCGGGAAAUGACGCGGUUGUGAAUUAUGAUGAAGUCAAAAACUUCAUCCGCCAGCAGGUCAUCAAGAUCUUUGAUGAGAGAAUGGCCUACUACCUGUCGCGCAUGCAGGUGCCAGUAGAGUCAGCCUCCCCGGGUCGGCCCGGGCCCCCCGGGAAAGACGGCAUUCCAGGUAAUCCUGGGAACCCAGGCGCCGCUGGAAUCCCAGGACACGUUGGCAGAACAGGGCGCCCGGGAGGCCAAGGGCCACCUGGACCACAUGGACCACGUGGAGAAAAAGGAGAUAAGGGUGUUGGAGAGAUGGGAGAUGUAGGACCUCCAGGAGCACCAGGUGUCCCAGGCCCCCAAGGCUAUGGCAAGAUGGGACCCCCGGGUCCCGUUGGCCAGCAGGGUGUUCCUGGGAUCUCUGGCUCUCCUGGCAAGCCUGGUACAAAGGGACUUGAUGGCCGGUGUAAUCCGUCAGACUGUAGGAGCCACCAAGUAGAGUACAGCCCCAAGGGCCCACCUAUGAAGGGCCCCUGGUAGAGGGCGAGAGGCGAUAAAGUAGAUGGACUGAAGCUAAGGGGACUUCAGAGACAACAGGAAGCCAAAGACCUAGUUAUAAAGUCAUAAAAUUUGACCUCCAGAUGAUAUCCAGGGGUAACUUUGCUGUUGAAUUGUACAGACGUACGCACACAGAUUUUAGUUAUAAGCAAAAAUGUUACAUUUUUCCACGAGCCCCGUUGGAAUGAGGCCUGAAAAGACUCACAAGCAGCACAUUUUCAUUGCAAUGUACUGAUAUUGCUUCAAUAUAUUAUCUUUUCUACUUUUUUUACAUUUUUUUUUAGAGCACUUUGCUUGGAUAUCUUUGAAUCUUUCUCACCAGAUCCCAUUUAGGGGGCAUCCCGUCCAUUUUAACUUCAACUUAGCGGUUGUGGUGUAAGAAAUCAUCCCAAGAAAUGUAUUUCAAUUCUGUAGAAAGUCAAACAUUUACAUCCAUACCAUUUCCAAAGAUUUGACUGUUUUGUAUAUAUUAAUAUUUAUAUAUUGUGGCCUUUUCUACUUUUUCAACAGAUUUGAUACAAUAAAUACGCUAAGUUAAAUACCCAGUUUUGUUGGUUAUUAACCAAAGGAAUAUUUUCAUUACGGUUUGUAAGCUUUUAAAAUCAAUUCAAGUGUUCAGUUUAAGAUGUAAAGAAGGUUCUAAGUGUUGCCAAAGUUUGUCCCAUUAUAAAUCUUAUAUUCUCACCCUAAAGCCUCUCAUUUAAAUCUGCAUUCCAAAUUAGCUGUAAUAGACUGGUUUCUGCUUCAACAGGAACUUUAUCAAGAGAAUAAGAGCAUUAAUUGAUUGUAAUGCAACCCACUAAGCAGCCAGUCAAGCACUCAAAGGGAAAAUAUUCUUCAAAUGAUCCCAAAUGGAUUUAACAGUACAUCUUACUUUUUUAGGCUUGUCUUAUUUCUUACUUUACCAUUUUUGUAAAUCUGAAAGGUCAUGUUUUAAAUCACUGCCAUCUCAACAAAGUUAAAUCUGCAUUUUAUACUUUGAGUACAGUCAGACCUCCUCACAAACUAAUCCACGGUAAAUGUUUGUUAAAACCGGAUUAAAUGGCUUUUGAAAGA